AUCUCAGAAAAUGAUUAUAUAAGAGUAGGACUGUACUUGGACCGUUAAGUAGGAGCAGAGAAGCAACCUCUGUGUUAUAAUUGUGAUCUUUUUACUCAUUGCACAAUAGCUAGGGUUUUCACCCACUGAAAUUGGUUCCAAUUCCAAUCUGCAGAUGUUCUCUUCCACAUAUGACUCCAACCUUUUCCCAACCUUUCCCUCGUCUUCUUACCCUUCCCUUCCUUUUCUCAUUGAUCCUGAAAAUGAUUUUGCAAGCAACACCUUUCUUGAUGACCCUUUUCUUGUUCCCUUCGUUCCCACUACGCAUGAUCCUCCAUUCCCUGAAGAAACUGUUGCCAAUUUUGCAGUUGCAGACUGCACUGCCAUGCUUGAACAUGAUGCAAACACUAACUAUGGUUCCCACUAUGGUAGCAUUUCCAAUUUUCUCACCCAGAAACCAGCCGUAGCCAAGAAAGACAGGCACAGUAAGAUUCACACAUCUCAGGGUUUGAGGGACCGCAGGGUGAGAUUAUCAAGCGAAAUAGCCCGCAAGUUCUUUGAUCUUCAGGACAUGUUAGAGUUUGACAAACCGAGUAACACCCUUGAGUGGCUCUUCACAAAGUCUGAGAAUGCAAUCAAAGAACUAGCUCAAAGUAAGAAUAGCGGCAGUAGUAGUGGGGGUGACAAGUGCUCGUGCGACCCUUCUGUGGAUUCAAAUAACAACAAAUCAUUGGUGGCAAGUGGGGGUCAUGGUUCUAAAGGGAGGAAGUUGAAAUGGUCACAGAGGGAUGAUGUUUGUGUUCAAACAAAAAAGGAGUUAAGGGAAAGGGCAAGAGCAAGAGCAAGAGAAAGGACUUGUUACAAGAUGUGUAGCAGUAGAAGGGUGCAGCAAGAGUUUGAUGAGAGGUGCCCUGCAACUGCAACCACUCAAAUGCUGCACCAAUUGAGGUCAUCCAUUCAGCCUGAACCUGAUGAUGCUUGCGCAAGAUGGGUUCAACCUUAUGACAACCCUUAUGUCAUCGAUAGCGAAGCACCGAGAGAUGGCUUUAACGUCAUUGAAGAAUCUAUUAUGAUAAAAAGGAACAUGAGGCCGUCAUCUUUGAUGGCUUCUCAUCACCAAAACCAAAACCAAAACCUUGUGAUCCCUAGGGAUGCAAGUUUCAACAAUAAUGAGUACUGCGCGCCCCUAUUACCCUAUUCCACUCCAAACUGGGAUACUAGUGGCCUUGUUAAUGGAUGCUCUAACUUUUGUGGAAUAGGCUCCAUGAAUCUAUCAACAUGUUUCAUGAACCCGUGUGAUUUUUGCGUCCAGAUUUGUAGAGGUUCAUUCAAAUCUUUGGAAAUUCUUGGGAGGAGUGCAUCAAUCAGAGUCGACACUAAUGUGCUAGUUUUCGGUAAAAUCUGAUCAGAAUGAAAUCCUCGAGUGUGCUUUGCCUUGUAAUCAUCAUCCCAUAGUUCUGUGUUUCUUCUCUCUAUCAGCAACUUUUUCUGCCCUAUAUUCCCAUUUACAAUGUUUGUACUGAUUCUUGUUGAUAAUCACCCAAUGGCAUGUCAAAGUUCGCAUAAAGGUUUGCUGCGUCCUGCGUGCAUUAUAUCUGUCCAAUAUUUAAAGUGUGAUUUAACAAGUAUUAUCAAAAGUGAUGAAGUCACUCGCUAGCAGCUUUAUGCUUUUAGUUUUUUAUUUAUGUAAUUGAUUUGCCUUCUUUGUGAAAAGCAGUGAUGUACUUUUGGUGCAAGGGUUUACAAGAAUCAGGAGAAAACUAUAAAAUUUCA